CGCGCGGCGAGCAGCGGCCGGGCGGAGGCGAGCGCCGCGCGGGCCACCAUGGCCACGGACGAGCUGGCCACCAAGCUGAGCCGGCGGCUGCAGAUGGAGGGCGAGGGCGGCGGCGAGGGCGGCGACGAGGCCGCGGAGCAGCCCGGCCUGAACGGGGCGGCGGCGGGGGCGCCCGAGGAGGCGGCCGAGGCGCUGGGCAGCGCGGACGACGAGCUGAGCGCCAAGCUGCUGCGGCGCGCGGACCUCAACCAGGGCAUCGGCGAGCCCCAGUCGCCCAGCCGCCGCGUCUUCAACCCCUACACCGAGUUCAAGGAGUUCUCCAGGAAGCAGAUCAAGGACAUGGAGAGGAUGUUCAAGCAGUACGACGCCGGGCGCGACGGCUUCAUCGACCUGAUGGAACUGAAGCUCAUGAUGGAGAAACUCGGGGCCCCCCAGACCCACCUGGGCCUGAAGAACAUGAUCAAGGAGGUGGACGAGGACCUGGACAGCAAGCUCAGCUUCCGGGAGUUCCUCCUGAUCUUCCGCAAGGCAGCGGCCGGGGAGCUGCAGGAGAGCGGGCUGCACGUGCUGGCCCGCCUCUCCGAGAUCGACGUCUCCACCGAGGGCGUCAAGGGGGCCAAGAGCUUCUUCGAGGCCAAGGUGCAGGCCAUCAACGUGUCCAGCCGCUUUGAGGAGGAGAUCAAGGCGGAGCAGGAGGAGAGGAAGAAACAGGCCGAGGAGAUGAAGCAGCGGAAAGCGGCCUUCAAGGAGCUGCAGUCCACCUUCAAGUAGCAGGACACGGCCACCACCCUCCCUGCCCCGGCAGCCAGAAGGCAGGCGGCGGGCAGGGGAGGGACAGCCAGGCCUGGGCUCUGUCCCGUGGGACCACUCCUAAAGAUCUAAAUUGUGAACGAGCUAGUUGAGGGGUCUCCUGAGUGCCCUGGCCACUGCCUGCUCCCUCCCACUGUCCCUGAGGCUGCCACGCCACAGCUGCCCCUGCCCCUGCCUGGCCCAGCCCUCUGCGGCUCUCACCCCAGCUGCCCUGCUGCCUGCCCAGCUGCUCCGGGCCCAGCUCCUGGUUCUAGGUCCCUCCCUGCCCCUGUGCCUGCUCUCCUCACACUCACCCCUCUCCCUGCCACCUGCCCCCUGGCCAGGACAGCCCCUCCCUAGACUGGAGCAGGAGGGGCCCUUGAGCAGACCAGGGCCUAUGAGAGGACCCUCCCCCAGGACUUCUCCUCUGGCCCCACCCCCCUCUGCUGGAAUGGGAGGACUUCUAUUUUAGUGAAGGGACCCAGGCCCUGGGCCCCGUGCAGACAUGGAGAUGGGACCCCUCCGGGCAGGGUGAGGGGGCCGCUGUGUGCCAAUCUACCUCACGGUCCCACACUCUGCCGGGCAUGCCAUGGGGUCACAGCGGGAGGGCCUUUGGGGACAGAAACAGGUGCUCCCCGCAUCCUGCCCCAGAACACCCUGAGGGCCCAGGGGACGGUGCAGAGAGAAGGGUCGGGAGAAAGAACCAGCCCUCGGCUCAUUCCCCAGGAGGCGACAGAAGUGCUUCGUGUGUGUGCAGCACCUGCAGUGGGAGCGGGACCGCCCCUGGCACGCUAUCCCGCCUUGACACCAGCCCUGCCUGGCACGCCCCGCCUAGGAAGCAUGGGGACCCUGUGCCCGCCACCAGCCGCGCCCGGCCCGUCCGGCCGCGGCCCCCAGUGCGCUUGCUCACGUGUGUGUCCGUGUGUGUCCGUUGCUGUGUCGUGAAACUGUGACCGUCACCCAGUCCAAACAAGUGAGGGGCCAUCGAGGCCACAGUUAUGCAACUUUCAGUGUGUCGUGCCAGCGUCACUGCUUUUUAAACUCGGUAACUCUUUAUUUUAGUACCAUGUCGCAGGAGUCGGCGGAGCUCCGGCCAGACUUGCAGAGGUUUUAUUUUUUUGGCCUUAGAAUCUGCAGAGAUUAGGAGGUUCCGGGCCCGAGCAGCGCCAGGCCCUGGGUUGCGUUUGCCUUAGCGGAUAUGUUUAUACAGAUGAAUAUAAUUUCUUUUCCUUUGG